UUUCUCUAGCUUCUUCUUUUGUGCCCUAAUUUAAGAAUCCAAAAGAGAGCGAGAGAGACAGAAAGAGGAUGGAAUCGCCCCGACUUCGCAACGCUUCUUGAUCCUUUUCAGUGUUGAUGCUUUAUCACGAUAACAAAAAAGUUUGAACGACUUCAAAUUUAACUGUGUGGAAUUGAUCUGGAUUUGUUAUUUUUUUUUUUCUUUCUUUUUUCCUUUUUCUUGGUUGAAGACUGAAGUAAGGGAAUUGGGAGAGCAGGGUGUACGAGCCAGAAGUUUAUAGCUGAUUGUGAAAUGUCAGCAUAUGAUAAUGUCGUUGGUGGGAAGUUGAAGCUGAAAGGGAAAGCUUUAGAUGUCAAGGCAGGUGGAAUAAAGAAGAAAAAGAAGCAGAAGCAUCGUCGUGAUGGUGAAGAUCCUCAUAUUGAAAGAGAUGAGGUUCCUCAAGAUGGAAGCUCCAGAUUAUCUGCUGAUAACAAUGAGGACAUAAAUGAAGAUGAGAAGCCGGGGGAUGAAGGACAUGCUUCUGCAUGUGAUGACCAUCUCACGGCAGCUGAGAAACGGUAUAUUGAACAGAGGGAGAGGAUCGACUCACGGAGGUUGGCCAAAACUGCUGACAAAUCACACCGUGACCGGAUUCAAGAUUUUAACCAAUAUUUGGCAAAUCUUAGUGAGCAUUACGACAUUCCCAAAGUGGGUCCUGGUUAAUUCCAAACAUUGGCUUGUAGACAUAUACUCAAACCGGUCAUCCUGCUUCUAAAUUUUAUGGUGAUGUUUGUUCUUCUUUGCCAUAUGUGGUAUUUGCCUGCGGCAAAAGGCAUACUGUGCUUAUCUGAAACUAUUGCUAGCAUACUGUUUCACUGUUGUGAGUGUUUUAAUUUACUCUCUAAAGACAUGGUUUCUUUGCUUUGAAUAUUCA